AUGAUUCUGUUGAUGGAGGCCUACAGUCUGCUCUUCCCAGCCAGAGCCCAGGAUGCCGCCAAGAGCAACCUCACUGCGGCGCCGUGGCCUCAUGCUGCGUACCUCGAUUUGCUCUGGUGGGAUGCUCCACAUAUGGGUGGCAGCCCGGCCUGGCUGUCGCGAAUGCUUCGUGGCAUACUGGAUGGGCUUCAGCCAGUGCUGGACUUGAUCGACAGGCCAGCAUUCGAAGCCAGCUUCUUGGUGGCCUCUAGGCAGCCUAGGCCCCUACCAAGCAAUCCAACAGCCAAAGCCCUGUCCAAGCCAAUUCCUUCCAGUGUGAGAGUCCACAACCCUGUGCAGGGCGUCGGGCUCAUGCUGUACUUGGUUCGACCCGAAAGGCUGCUGAAAGUUUUAGAGUCGGAGCUCGUCGCGGCUCAUGAGAAGGAGGUGGCAGCUCUCAAUGCAGAGCAGGCGGGGCAGACGUUCACCGUGCCUGCCUCCUUCAACCAGGUGAUGUUGGCUUUGCCUCCAAAGCUCUGUGAGCCCAGCGACUCCAACGGCACCUCGCAGAACCACACGCCGCUAAAGAGGUAUCAGCCACCGAAGCUCAGUGGGUCGGCGUUUCAUUCCGAAGGCUGGAAUCUAUCCUUGGCAAGCAUUGUCGUAGUUGCAGGGAAGGCGAUGCUGAUGACCUUUAAGGCGCCCAGCUUCUAA